AGAAGAAAAAAUAAUAAACUUAGUUUCUGUAUGAGCAUCCGCGUAAGGAGGCUUCUGAUUUUCUGGUCUGGUGGAGGGUUGGGUGGGAACUUGGGCACCGUUUUCCUCUCUUGUUCUUGCCAAAACCCUAGUACCUGAUCUCUAACCCAGAAUUAUGUGUCUUUGAGGCAGAAAUCACCCAAGAGGAGGAAGAUUUGGCAAAUCUGAUCUGGUAGGGUGCCUUUCCUUAAAAUUUCAGUUUUAAGUCACUCCAACUCAUAACUUUUUCUUUCCUCCUAUUCCCUUAGUUCCUGGGCUUUCCCUCAGAGCUCUCUGAUGCCUCAGACUUUUCCCUGCUUUUACCCCCAUUGCUCAGGUGCUUUCACUCCUUUUCCAGAAGGCAGGCAUCCUACCUCCAGUUGUUCCUUCCCCUCCACCCCUUUGCUUUCCUCCAUCUUGCCAAACUAGUUUGAGUCAGCCACACCCCUUUCUGAGCUCCUGGGGCCUUUUUGGCCACCCAACCCCACCCCUGGGCUUGGCUUGGAGACCUGAGUCAGCUCCAUCUCCACCCAAGCCAAAUCAAACCUGAGGCAGGAGCCGAAACUCACAGUCCCUCGAGGCCUAUAGCCAGGUGAUGGAGGACGAGGAGAAGGCAGUGGACACCUUGGUGAGCAACAUGGGAGCUGCUCAUUCUCCAUCCCCCAUCCGCUGCUGCUGGCUCCGCCUCCGCUACUUGGCAGCUACUAGCAUUAUCUGUGGCUGCUCUUGCCUGGGAGUCGUGGCCCUUGUGUUUGCCAUCAAGGCGGAAGAGCGGCAUAAGGCAGGCCGGUUCGAGGAGGCAGUGCACUGGGGGGCCCGGGCCCAGAACUUCAUCCUGGCCAGCUUUGCCGUCUGGCUUGCUGUCCUCAUUCUGGGCCCCCUGCUUCUGUGGCUGCUUUCCUACGCCAUCGCCCAGGCUGAGUGACCCUGGGUGGCCUCUGCUGAGAGUCAGCGAGACCUCCUGGAUCCUGCAGUGCGGCAUUGCUAGGGUCUGAGGCCGGCAGUGGUCCUUCCUGGCUGGAAGGAUGGUGCCUCUCUCAAAGGUCUUUGGAAGAACUCUUCUAGACCUUUCUAAAAGGAGGCAGCAGCUGAAACUGUUGAAGGGAGGCCAGCCUGCUCUGUUCUUUCAGUGCCCACCAUCCCCUAUUUCCCCCAGCCUACUACAUCCUAGGGGCCUCGACCCAGAGGUGGGGUUGAAGACCAGGCCUGAUUUUAUUAGAAUUUGUUUUGUAAUAAAAAUCUUUUUUAGUGGUGAAA